GGCAGCUGGGAGGGCUGCCACGUGGACUCGCGCAUGGACCACCUCUUCCCGCCCUCGCUCUACAUCUUCGUCAUCGGCGUGGGGCUGCCCACCAACUGCCUGGCGCUGUGGGCCGCCUACCGCCAGGUGCGCCAGCGCAACGAGCUGGGCGUGUACCUGAUGAACCUGAGCAUCGCCGACCUGCUGUACAUCUGCACGCUGCCGCUCUGGGUGGACUACUUCCUGCACCACGACAACUGGAUCCACGGGCCCGGCUCGUGCAAGCUCUUCGGCUUCGUCUUCUACACCAACAUCUACAUCAGCAUCGCCUUCCUGUGCUGCAUCUCGGUGGACCGCUACCUGGCCGUGGCCCACCCGCUGCGCUUCGCCCGCCUGCGCCGCGUCAAGACGGCCGUGGCCGUGAGCUCGGUGGUCUGGGCCACGGAGCUGGGCGCCAACUCGGCGCCCCUGUUCCAUGACGAGCUCUUCCGCGACCGCUACAACCACACCUUCUGCUUCGAGAAGUUCCCCAUGGAGGGCUGGGUGGCCUGGAUGAACCUCUACCGGGUCUUCGUGGGCUUCCUGUUCCCCUGGGCCCUCAUGCUGCUGUCCUACCGCGGCAUCCUGCGCGCCGUGCGGGGCAGCGUGUCCACCGAGCGCCAGGAGAAGACCAAGAUCAAGCGGCUGGCGCUCAGCCUCAUCGCCAUCGUGCUGGUCUGCUUCGCGCCCUACCACGUGCUGCUGCUGUCCCGCAGCGCCGUGCACCUGGGCCGGCCCUGGGACUGCGGCUUCGAGGAGCGCGUGUUCCCCGCCUACCACAGCUCGCUGGCCUUCACCAGCCUCAACUGCGUGGCCGACCCCAUCCUCUACUGCCUGGUCAACGAGGGCACCCGCAGCGACGUCGCCAGGGCCCUGCACGACCUGCUGCGCUUCCUGGCCAGCGACAAGCCCCAGGAGAUGGCCAGCGCCUCCCUCACCCUGGAGACCCCGCUCACUUCCAAGAGGAGCACAGUGGCCAGGGUCACGGCCACCGCCGGCUGGGCGGCAGCUCCGCCCUCCCAGGAGGACCAGGUGCAGCUGAAGAUGCUGCCACCGGUGGCGCAAUGAACCUCAGGUCGCACAGAGACGCACCCCUCCCCAAAUCCAUCCCACACCCUGGCCCCUCUUGCUCUGGUGUAUGCCGAUUGUAUGUAAAUAAGGCCAUGUGACUAAUCAUGUGAAUAUAAGAAAAGAGGAAAACAGCGAGGUUGGGGUGUCGCUGGUCAGUUGUCAUCCCCCGCCACGGCCCCUUAACAGUCCAGCUGAACGGUGCCUGGCCUUGCCCGGGGCAGUGUCAGCGACAUAGGGGUGAUGAGUGGCAGACCUGGCCCGACCAUCACGGGCUCCCCCUCCGAUGGGGGAGACAGAUCUGUCCCUGGACAGUGAUGAUCCAGGGGGGCAGGGCUCAGGCAGAAGAGGCCAGGGUCUGGGGGAACCCCAAAGGGCAUCUGACCCAGUCUGGGGGACAGGGAGGGCUUCCUGGAGGAGGAGACCAGUACGUGAAGUUUCCAGAGAUGAAGAAAAAGAAAACCACACACACACACACAAAAACCAUGUGAGGAUGAUUUCCGAUGAGGGGGUGACUCAAGGGGAAGGCGGAAGGAGAAACCCACUGUGUGUGGAGUGAUCACUUUUGCUGUAGGGAAGCCCCUGUCAUGUAGGGGAGAGUGAGCAGGACGGAGCACUUCUGAGUUUUCAGAUUAACACUCUCCAAGUCAGGACUGAGGAAGAAGAGGGAGAAUGUCCAAACCCAAGUGGAGGGCAAUCAAGGAAGACUGGCCGGAGGAGUCGUUCAGUCAACAGGUUUAUUUGUACUUCCCAUCGGCCCUGUGCGGGCUGGGGCUGGGGACGCAGUGGUGACCAAGACAGCCCCGGAGCCACCAUCAAGGGGCGCCCGGUAAGGGAGUAAAGCAAAAUAAAUACAAAGUUUGGAACUGA